AUGGAAGGUCAGGCCAAGCAAGCAUACUUCGUCAAUGAAGCAUAUAAUCACGAAGAGAAGCCGCAUGGAGCGGUCGAUGGCGGCGGCGGAGGAGGAGCAGGAGGAGGAGUCGUCGACAAUUUGCCGCGUCGUCGCAGCGGCGGCAACAACAAGGAGCUCCAAUUGGAUAUGUCUAACAAAAAGGGCAAAGAGCUGCCAGCCACGCCUAUUGCGCCCACAAUCGACUUUGAUGACCUUCUGCCAUUGAUUGGCGAAUUUGGUCGCUAUCAAAAGAUAUUGUUCAUCUGCAUGAUCCCAUUCUCGUUCUUUGUGGCCUUCGUGUACUUCUCACAAAUCUUUCUCACGCUCAUACCGGAGCAGCACUGGUGCCAUGUGCCCGAACUGGAUGCACUCGAUGUGGAGGCCAGAUUGGCGCUCUCGAUACCCAUGGUGAACGGGGAGUACAACAAUUGCUACAUGUACGAUGUCAACUAUACGGAAGUACUGGCCCAGGGCCAGAUAAUGGCGGAUCCGAAAUGGCCGCGGAUCAAGUGCCGCAGCGGCUGGUCAUAUAAUUUCACGGAAAUACCCUAUGCCACGGUGGCGACAGAACAGAAUUGGGUGUGCGAUGAUGCCGCCUUGCCCACGUAUGCCCAGUCGAUCUUCUUUCUGGGCGCAAUUGUGGGUGGGCUGCUGUUUGGCUGGAUUGCGGAUCGGUUUGGCCGCAUUCCGGCGCUGAUCUGUUGCAAUCUGAUGGGCUUGGUGGCGGGCGUGGCCACGGCCUUUGUGACCAACUUCUGGCAGUUUGCCACGAUGCGUUUCUUUGUGGGCUUCGCCUUCGACAAUUGCUUCACCAUGAUGUACAUACUGGUGCUGGAGUAUGUGGGUCCCAAGUAUCGUACGUUCGUGGCCAACAUGUCCAUAGCCCUGUUCUUUACGGGCGCCUCCUGUUUGCUGCCUUGGAUUGCGUACUUUGUCGCCGAUUGGAAACUGUUGACCAUUAUCACCUCGGCGCCGUUGCUGCUGGUGGUGCUGACCCCCCUGAUUGUGCCGGAGUCGGCGCGCUGGCUGGUCUCCCAGGGCCAGGUGGACAAGGCCAUUGCCAUACUCCGCAAGCUGGAGCGGCGCAAUGGUCGCCACGUCUCGGAGCAAACGUAUCAGAACUUUGGCGACAGCUGCCGACGCAUGCGGGAUCAGGAACAGGCCCAGAAUGCCAGCUACUCGGUGCUGGAUCUGUUCAAGUCGCCGCGGCUGCGUCGCACCACGCUGCUGCUCAUCGUCAUCUGGAUGGCCAUUUCGCUUGUGUUCGAUGGUCAUGUGCGUAACGUGGGCUCCCUGGGUCUGGAUAUCUUUUUCACCUUCACCGUGGCCAGUUUCACGGAGCUGCCGGCGGAUACAUUGCUCACCGUCACUCUGGAUCGCUUUGGACGCCGUUGGCUGGCCUGCGGCUCGAUGGUCGCCAGCGGCAUCUUCAGUCUGUUGGCCACCGUGGUGCCCGUGGGCGUGUACUCGGCCACAUUGGCCAUCAUGGGCCGAUUCUUUGUGAACAUCAGCUACAACAUUGGACUGCAGUAUGCGGCCGAGAUAUUGCCGACGGUGGUGCGCGCCCAGGGCGUUGCCUUCAUACACAUCAUGGGCUAUGUGGCCAGCAUUAUUGCGCCCUUUGUGGUCUACUUGGCCAAUAUAUCGCCGGCGCUGCCGCUCAUCAUUUUGGGCCUGCUGGGCAUUGUGGGCGGCCUGUUGGCGCUUCUACUGCCGGAGACACUGCAUCACGAUCUGCCACAGACGCUGAGCGACGGUGAGGAGUUCGGACGCGGCCAGAGCAUUUGGGAUUUCCCCUGCCUAGCCAAGCAGCUAGACGAUGAGGACGACAAGUGCAAUACGGAUGUCGAGGAGGUGCGUUCCCAGGCCUUUGUGCGUGGCACUCAGACUGGCGCCUCGCUCAAGGCAUCCACGGGUGGAGAGCUGCGUUCGAGCAUUUUGCGGCGUUCGAUACAAUCGCGCAGCUCCACCAAGUUGUAA